AUGAAAUUGACAAAAGAAAACAUAGGUAAAGAAACUGACGUCGAAUAUUUUGCUGCGCUUACGACCACAUUAGAGGGCACCAGCAUUAACGAGCCAUGCAGAACUGCAGCUGUUGCUUUUCUUCUACAACUUAUUGUCAAAAAAGUGCCUAAGGAAGUUUUGCAAGCACAGUUCAAGAGGACUGUUCAGAUUUUAUACACAAAAAUGCUGGAAAACUCGGAACAAACUGAAAGCUCACCUCUCAAAUAUCUACUGUCUAUUCUUGGAGUGGUUUUACGUGCUCAGCCUGCUCGCGUUUGGAGCGAUGCCAACACCAGAAAUAUGGUCGUAUCGGUAGCAGCGUUGUGCGCUCAUGAGAAGCCUUGGGUGCGAACAAUGGCUCGU